GCCCUGCCUCCCUCCCUCCGAGGGGGGAAAACCAGGAAGCAUGUUGAAUUCUCCAGCCACACGGAGCGCAGUGAUGUAACUUUACGCCAAUAAAAAUCGGUCGGAAUUCCCGGGCGCUGGCCAAUGGGAGGGAAUCGGGUCUUUUUUUGUGUGUGAAUGUGUCGGCUGAUUGGGAAGUGUUGAUAUGGCGCUGCCGUGGGAGAGGAAGGGAUACGGAGGAGCUGUGGUAACAGGAGCCCAGGCACCAGCACCACUACUACCGGCGGUAGCAGCAGCUGUCCCGACGCUUGAGCGCUAGCUGCCGGCCAGGGGCAGCGCAGGGAACCGCUCUCACUCAACUCAUUCACUCAUUUACGAAUCCACCGCCGCUGCAGCAUCGCUAGGUCUCUCUCUCUCUCUCUCAGCCUAAAGCAAGGCUCCCAAUCUACAGUACUGCAUCAGCCACAAUCAAAUCCUAGCCUUUAGGUGUCAUUGGGGCUGGUUGUAACGUAUAAAGUUUCCCUAGUUAGCCUGUAUUAUAGAUCCUAUAUAUUUAUACAUAUAAAUAUCUCAAGUUGUGCCAGUGUUUUAAAUUAAGGCUCCCCUGCUGCAGGUUAGCUGAGGGGUUUUUUUUAUUUGUUUUCGCUUUUUGCCCUAGUUGUUUUCUGGUUACAACUGUUCAACCAACAUGCCUAGCAAAACCAAAUACAACUUAGUGGACGAUGGACAUGACUUGCGUAUUCCUUUGCACAAUGAAGAAGCCUUUCAGCAUGGCAUCAGUUUCGAGGCGAAGUACAUCGGGACAUUGGACGUACCCAGGCCGAACAGCAGGGUGGAGAUCGUGGCUGCUAUGAGAAGGAUAAGGUAUGAAUUCAAAGCCAAGAACAUCAAGAAAAAGAAAGUGAAUAUAAUGGUGUCAGUGGAUGGUGUCAAAGUUCUUCUCAGGAAGAAGAAGAAGAUGACCAAGAGUCUAGAAGCUAAGGAUGAGGACAGGAGAGUGACCCCGACUUCAUUCUGGAUGACUCUCCUUAAGAAAGAAUGGACCUGGGAUGAGAGCAAGAUGUUGAUUAUGCAGGAUCCGAUCUACAGGAUAUUCUAUGUGUCCCAUGACUCUCAAGACCUCAAGAUCUUCAGUUACAUCGCCCGAGAUGGGUCCAGCAACGUUUUCCGAUGCAAUGUCUUCAAAUCUAAAAAGAAGAGCCAAGCAAUGAGGAUAGUGCGAACUAUAGGCCAAGCCUUUGAGGUGUGCCAUAAGUUGAGUCUCCUGCACACUGAGCAACCUGCAGAUGGAGAGGAUGACCAAGGGAGUGAAGAGAGUGCUGACAACAGCAGUGCCCCAGCCCAACAGCUCACUGAGAUAGAGAAAGAGGCUUCAGAGGAGACUGAUAUAGACGCCAUUGAACCGCCCAUCCACGAUAGUUCUGAGGUCGAUUUCAGCCGAGGUGUGACUGACCUGGAUGCAGUACGCAAGGAACAGGACCUUCAACCGGUCAAAAAGCUCCAUGACGACAGUCCUAGCAUUCUCCUGGCUACUCCCAAGAUGUUGCUGCCUUCCGCAAGCCAGCUGCCGUCAGGCACCCCACUCUCAGUUCACCACCAGAUCCAGCUCCUUCAACAGCACCUACAACAGCAACAGCAGCAGACCCAGGUGGCUGUGGCCCAGGUACAUUUACUGAAGGAUCAGUUGGCGGCCGAGGCAGCAGCAAGGAUUGAGGCUCAGGUUCGAGUCCAUCAGCUGCUGCUCCAGAAUAAGGACCUACUCAAACACAUCUCACUGCUCGUGAAGCAAGUGCAAGAACUGGAGCUCAAACUUGCUGGCCACAGUUCAAGCUCACAGGACAGCUUAUUAGAAAUCACCUACCGAUCGACUGUGCCACCGGUGCUGUGCGAUCCCACCACACCCAAACCCGAGGACAUUUGCCUGCCGCAGCUGUGUGACGGAUCAGACCUCUCCCUUCCACUGGGAAGUCCGCUAGUCGAUCAAAGCAUGUUUGAGAAUUCUAACACAGCUCCCACCCCCAAACAUCACCAUGGCAAGACCGUCUCCACCAAAGGAGUCCUUGCAGGCUCCUCGACAGCCAUAGGUGCUGAAUCAGGCGGGAAGUCGGGCAGUGGAGGCAUCAACAGCCAACAUCUUAAGAGUGCCUUCAAUUUGGGGAAGGCCAUGGGGGCAAAGGUCAACGACCUGCUUCGGAGAAAGGAGCAAAGCACCACAAUGGAAUUUGGUGUGACCGAAGUCAACAAGAACGCAGAGGGGGCUGUUUCAGUGGUGGGCAAAGAUGACAAAGGAGCUGCGGUCAACAAUGGAAUACAAGACGUUUCGGACACCUUCCCUCGGUUAGAGCCGCCACCACCAACGGUUAAAAAGAGGACACCUCGAGCUUUGAAGACUACUCAGGACAUGAUGAUAUCAUCGGUGCCGGUGGUUAACAACAGCACUGAGGGUUCGGAUGCAGCCACAAUAAGCUCUGUAGAAACAGCACUGCGAAAGACUGGGAUAGCUGAAAGUACGGCUGACUGUGUCAAAACUGCGCUGAUGAUCAACAUGGAGAACUUAACUUCUGAACACACUGCCGAGGCCAAAUUGGAGAGUGAGCUUUGCAGCACACUGGAAAGUGUAGCGGAUAAACCUGCCCUUUCUGUUCCUGACCUUCUAAACAAAGAGCCUGUGGAUGUUAAACUCAAACCAGCUGGUCAUGAGAAGCGCAUGGUGUCUUCCCCACAUCCAGACAAGGUUUGCUUGCGAAUCAGCAUUAGUGAAGAUGACCUUUUAGGGAAUGACUCUGAAGACUCUGGAGUGCCACGACAACGAUGCUCAAGUGUUGAAAAUGAGGAGCCCCAUCCAGAUUUGUUGUCAUUUGACUAGGUAACUCUGGGAUCUUGGUUCACUGAUUAAAACUGGAACUGCAGAAUGCCUUGCCAUUGAGCGGUUUCAAAAGGGAGAAAACUCAUUGUCAUGUGCUUUUAGCCUAUUCUGCAGUUUUGCACCUUUGUCCUUCUGAAGUUCAUUUCUGCCCCAUGGAGUUUGGUGUCAUAAAUGAAGGGCAUACAAUUAAUGGUAUGGGCCUCCUUUACUGGACAGCAGUCCGACUUUGAGUUGGAAGUAUAAAUGGUCUGAUAAGCUAACUUUACUCUUCAUCAUAGGACAGCCACCAAUCAGUGAUGCCCCUUUCAGAAAGUAAAUUGUCCAAUAUAUACUUGAAACCUUGUGAGAUGGCUAGAGUAGAAUGCAGGGAGUUUAUGGAACUGGGCCUUGAACUUACACUUGAGCACAAAUGGUUUUUGCAUUUGUUGUGACUACUUCUGUCCUAUAUUUAACAAUGCAAUUAACCUAUUUAUUUUAAACAAGUUAAACCCUCUGCUAAAAUAGCAGAGAGACCAAGUUUGGACCAACUCAUCAACCAUUCAUACCUCCAAUCUUGCAAUGUAAUCUCAAGGCCUAGGUUUAUCGAUGUUUAAUGAUACAAAACUCAACAAAUCCAGAUACAGUUCUAGCUGUUCACCAAAGUGACUAAUAACCUUUCACCAAAUGCAAAGCAAAAUUAAGUGCCUGAAUCAAGCCAUGUGCGCUUGGAACAUUGCCAUGGUGAAAUCUUGUUUUGUUAACACCUCAUGAACUAUUCUUUCGUACAAAUGGUUUUUACAAACUGACUGCAAAAUGAAGUGAAAAUAACACUCUUUUGGGAGUCCUAUGCAGAAUAUUUGCAAAAACAAAGUACUGGAAUCUUAAAAUAUAAACAAGGGAAACUGUAUGCAAGGAAUAUACAGUGAAUUGUAAUUUUAAAAGAAAAGUACUGUAGUUUUUUAGGGAAGAAAGAAUUUAUUUUAGUUUAAUAUUACUGCAUCACUGACUAAAUCGAAUGAAUCUUUAUAAAGUGCAUAAUUUUAUUAAUCAGUCUAGAUAUUGCCUUAAUAAUCUGUUUGAAGAAGCUUAUCCUGUUUUAGGAAGUGGAUUAUUUAAAGACAUCACGAUUUUCUUACUUGCCAAUUGUCUGUACAUCAGAUAGCUGCUCCCCCUUCUAAUUGAUUGCACCCUCAGACUAGCUUAGAUUGUGCUGCUGUCCAGAUUUCCAGUCUAGAAAGGGAUUAUUUCCAAAGGUAUUUCAGUGAAGACAAAUUUUACUUUUACUGUUUAUUUUAAUUACUUCUUACUGAAAUUUUGCUACAUUUUGAGUAACAGAAUAAGGCAAUUCCUCUCCAUCACCAUGCCUGUACCUCUUCCAACCUCCACAUCAUAGCCCACUUUGUAUUUGCUAAUUAAGACGACAGGGAUGAAAAGGCAAUUAUGUAUUCAUUGUGAGUUUCAGCACAUCCGCGCUUAUGGUUAAAUGUUAAAACCCACACUGCAUAGACUAUUGCUCUGCGAGGGAAAGAUUUUGUUCUUGUUUUAAUGUCAUUUAUAUUCAUUAUUCACAGCUUAAAGUAGAAAUGGUGGGAGGUUAGGGGAUUAGCCUUGGUACAGUUAUCUGCCAACCCAUGUCAGACUUCUGAAAAAGUAUAAUCUACUGAUAUUUGUAGAAAUGAUCUCAAACUUUGAUUGCAUUUUCAUAAAUAUUGCUUUAUUCAAAUGCAAAUGUUAAUACUUCAAAUCUUUAGCAUUUGUAUGUGUUAUUUUAUAUACUGAAAUCCUUAAAAAUGAAUUCACAAUGUUUUGUGGUUUCCUUUCAAAUUUUAAUGUAGGUGUUUGCAGUUCCUCUUUUUGUGUAAUGUUUUUAUAUAUGUUUUUCAUUCCAGUGUUGAUUUGCUCAGAUUAGUAUGCCACUGAGAGUUUGCAAGCCCACGUUCUUUGUAAUUCACUGCCAUAUGCAUUUAUAUUGUGUAACUAGACAGACUGCACCUGUGGAAGAGAGUAUGGAAAAAUCAUUCAUUAAAUUUCUUUUAAUUGAGUAAACGUUUUAUGCUGUACUAAGACGUUUUAGAUUACAUUAAAAAAUUGAUUCAUUUGGAA